UGUUUUUUUACAGAUUUUACACUAUACUUUUUAUUUUAUUUAAUAUUUACAGUUUUAUCACCGUCAUUAUGUCACCACGAUUUUAAAUUACUCAGAACUUUUAAAGCAUUUUUCAAGUUUCAAUGAUAUUUUUAAAAUAACCAUUUGAAAGUAACAAGCAAGUAAAAAAUGCCUUCAAAUGCCAAAGUAUUCCUUCACUAUGGACCUUAUGAAGCUGCUGGUACUGUAGAAUACAGACAGUCUAGGUUACAAGGUCUAAAAACUCUUUUAACUCGUGCUGGCCACUCAGUAGAGCUCAGACCUUUUAAAGACUGGAAUGUUGUAGAGUUAUGGGUCAAUGGUGAAAAGGUGUUUUCUUGCGACAUUCGAAAACUGGACUAUGGUGGAGAUGGGGACCUGGAUCCUUUGUGUCAUGAAGCAUGUCGAGCGGUAGGGAAAGCAUUUUAAUUUUAUACAGAAGUUCAUGGAUUUUAUAUUUUGUUACUCUAUUACUAUUUGUAACCAUUUUGUAUUUAUUAUUGUUAUUUCAUUAAGUUUCAUUUACAUUGCAAACAUUAGAAUAUCUAAGUUUCUAAAAUGUUUAGAAUAGUGCAUUCAAAUAUAUAGCAAUACUUGAAUUAAUUACAAAAGAUACCCACUACCUGUACAUUUAUUAAAUUUAUAAAAAUAAUAUAGAUAAAUUUCAAAUUAUGUAAUAGUCUGUUAAUGGUGAAUAUUUGAACAUUUGGAAAUAUUGUAAGGUGAUCAGUUUAGCAGUCAGUUUAAAAGCAUCCUUAAAACAUUUUAUUGUAAUAUCAAAUUUUUUUUUGGUCUAUUAAUUGGAGAUUUGUUUUAAUUAAUAACUAAAAUUUUAUUUAUUAAUUAAACUUGUUUUUGUAUUAUAUUUGAACAAGUUCUUGAAAUAAAGUAUGUUAAA